AUGUCCAACCCUAUCAAGACAUCGAGGUCGAGUAAGAUCGAUAAUGCACCAACGCCUCAUAACACACCAGCUAGCGUGCUUAAGGAUUCAUAUUUAAGGAAGAAGCAACAGCAGCAGUCUGACCAGGAUCAAGAUCAGGAUGACGAUAGCGAAUACAACGAGAGUCCAUCUUUAUCCCGGAUCAAUGAAAAGUUGGAGUUCUUGAACAUAGACGAAGAAGAUGAGGGUGAAGAAGAAGAAGAAGAGGAAGAGGAAGAAGGCGAUGAAGAAGCUUUCGAAAGACUCCCAAAAGCUGUGAACAAUAGGAUCUUAGCCUUAAAGGCUAUUCAGUCCGAUUUGUUCGAAUUGGAGAAGAAUUUCCAGCUUGAAAUGUUGGAACUUGAACAAAAAUAUCUGCAGAAAUACAAACCAUUACACGAACACCGUUACGAGUUGAUCACAGGUGAUAAGGAAGCCACUGAAGAAGAAAUCAAACGCGGGGGAUCUUUGGAUGGUGAAGAUGAGCAUGAAGAAGAAGAGCAUGACCAGGAACCGGAGGAAGGUGAGGAAGAGAUCGUUGGUGUCCCUUGUUUCUGGUUGACAGCCAUGGAGAACUUACCAAUGGUUUCUCAAAACGUGACAGAAGCUGACUGUGAUGUAUUGACAUACUUGACGAACAUCACUCUAGAGUAUCUAACUGAGGGUAAACCAGGCUUCCAAUUGAUUUUCACCUUCGAUAAAGAGAACGAAUUCUUCACUAACGAAACUUUAACAAAGACAUACUACUACCAGUCCGAAUUGGGUUACUCUGGCGACUUCAUCUAUGACCAUGCAGAGGGUGAAACCAUUAACUGGGUCGAUAAUGACCAUAACGUUACAGUCGAAGUGAAAAGACGAAAACAAAAGAACAAGACUACUAAACAAAUUCGUACCAUUGAAAAGCUGACACCAGUGGAAUCGUUCUUCAACUUCUUUGACCCACCAAAGUCUCUGGAUCCCGAAGAAGAAGACGAUCUUGACGAAGAAGAAAUCGCUGAACUUGAGAGUAGAUUGGCUGUAGAUUAUGCUAUCGGUGAAGAGAUCAAGGACAAGUUGAUUCCAAGGGCAGUGGAUUGGUUCACCGGUGCAGCACUAGAAUUAGAAUACGGCGAUGAACAAGAAGAAGACGACGAUGAAUUUGACGAUCAGGACGGUGAAGAAGAGGAAGAAGAGGACGACUUCGCUAAUAAAGAUGCUCUGAAGAAAGUCCAACCUCCAGAAUGCGAGCAAUCCUGA